ACCAGAUUUUACAGUAUUAUUGUCGUAUAUAGUAUUUGGAUUCAUUCAGUCGCGACCAUCACAACUCUAGCGACGGAUCAUCCAGAUUUUUUUAAAUUAUUGAAUUUGCAAUGGACGACCAUCACGUUUAUGAUACCAACUUCACCGAAGAGAUUAACAAUAAGAUGCAAGUGCCUAAGAGCAUUCGGGUGAAUGGAGAUGUUUCUAAUUUUCGUUCGACAAACUACUAUGCUGACGAUAACAGCCGAUUUGGUGACAAUUUUGAUAUGAGGGUUCCAGAAAAAAUUAUUCUUAUAGGUAAUAAUCAGCAUCAAGGAUCUUCUUCAAAACCAAGAGAAUUUGUUAUUGAUGAUUUGAUCAUUCCUCAGCCACCAGCUGAAGAAUUUAUUCGUGUUCAGACUCCRCCACAGAAAAUCACCAUGUCAAGACAUUAUUUCCCUUCUGUGUUAGAUGAUUUUGAACAGAAAUCCACAUCUAUUGAGCAAAGCGAAGAAUUGAUUCCAAACAAUACUGAACCUUCUGAAAUUAAUGCAGUGCAAAUAGAUCCCAAGUAUUAAAAAUAUUUUAAYGAUAAUAUAACAAAAUUCACAUCUCUCUGAGAUGAAAACUUUAUAUUACUUGAAUAUGUAUUUUAAAUAUUUACUCAAGGCAUCUGU